GAUAGUCUUUCUGGAAGUGCCACAGGUUGCACCAGAAGUACUACAGCUAGCUGCUGUUGCUAUUUGCAAGUGGAGAGAACCACAUAAACCUUUUUUCCCCUUCUAUUUCUCCACAGAAAACCAAUAAGAAGACGAGCCUCAAUGCAAACGCAAGACAGACCUGAGCUCGUAUUGCCUCCCUGUCCAUCAACAGUACGUUAAUGGUUGGAACCGACCGCCCCGACCUCCAUCACUGCCCGCGCAGACAUAGCCUGAUGAUCACCGGUGCCAUGGGAGCGGUGCGGGUAAACAGAUACAGUAUUGUUUCCACUGAUGAAGACAUCCUAAAGAUCUCCAGCCUGGGCCUCCACAACGGCCACAGCCCUCUGACUCAGCAGAAAUUGUCAGGGGCCUGCAUGCGAGACAAAGAAGGAGGAGGUGAAGGAGACUGUCCAGGAGGUGAUGAAGGUCGAGGGGCUUUGCCCUUGAGGUUGACCAAUGAGAACGUCAUCCACAGCAGCUGCCGUUCUUCGCCUUCGUGCCGUCUGGACCUGGACCUGAGCGCCAGACACCUUCGCACUCGCUUCGUGAAGAAGAACGGCCAGUGCAACGUGGUUUUUAACAACAUGGAGGACAAACCGCGGCGAUACCUGGCUGACAUCUUUACCACCUGCGUGGACAUCCGCUGGCGUUACCUGUUGCUCAUCUUCACCACCACCUUCCUUCUGUCAUGGCUACUGUUUGGUCUGAUCUUCUGGGGCGUGGCCCUCGCUCAUGGAGACUUUGAACUACGCAUUCCCAUGAAGGACGAGUAUUCUCGGGGUUCCACAGAAGCAGGCAAAGACGAGUGGCGGCCGUGCAUUCUCCACGUUCAAGGCUUCAUCGGGGCAUUCCUCUUCUCUAUCGAGACCCAGACCACCAUCGGAUAUGGRUUCCGAUGUGUCACUGAGGAGUGCCCGAUUGCUGUUGUGACAGUGGUGGUGCAGUCCAUCGUUGGCUGCAUUAUUGACUCUUUCAUGAUCGGCACCAUCAUGGCAAAGAUGGUUCGACCCAAAAAGAGGGCACAGACCCUCCUGUUCUCCCAUAAUGCAGUCAUUGCUUUGCGAGACGGCAAGCUGUGCCUCAUGUGGCGCCUGGGGAACAUGCGCAAGAGCCAUAUUGUUGAAGCCCAUGUGCGCGCUCAGCUCAUUAGGCCCCAUGUGACAGCAGAGGGRGAAUACCUCCCUUUAGAGCAGACAGACAUUGACGUUGGCUACGACGAYGGACUGGAUCGCCUGUUUCUGGUGUCGCCUCUGGUGAUCGUCCAUGAGAUCAACAAAAACAGUCCACUGUAUGACCUGAGCUGCAGUGACUUACGGAAGGAGGACUUUGAGAUUGUGGUCAUCUUGGAGGGAAUGGUGGAGGCCACGGCUAUGACCACGCAGGCCCGUAGCUCCUACCUGGCAAGGGAGAUCCUCUGGGGCCACCGCUUUGAGCCGCUAGUGUUCGAGAAAGGCGACCGCUACCACGUGGACUAUUCCCGCUUUCAUAAGACUUACGAAGUGCCAUCUACACCUUACUGCAGUGCCAGGGAAUUGAGCCAGAGAAAGGGUCAAUCAUCAUCCUCCAGCUCAAGUUACUCCAGGUCCCCGUCACCAUUUGCCCCAAGGGCUGCAAGACGCCUUCAGGGCUCCCACUCCCCCAGUGCUUUCUGCUACGAGAAUGAAGUAGCUUUGUGCUGUGGAGACGACGCAGAUGAUGAAGGAGCAAAAGUAGAACUCGAGAGACUGAACGUAGGAACUAAAAGGGAAGUCAAAAUGCGAGAUGACAUUCACUUGGAUUUUAAGGGGACUUUUGUGAAAGAGACGGUGGAGAUGCUGUGUGUUCUGGACACGGAGAAUCAGCUCAGCUUUGACAGAUUACAGCCCACCUUACCUUUAUACAUCAGCAGAGAAUCAGGAGUUUGAACAAUGACGCUGGCUGCCAUUUUGUUUGUUUCCUCAUUUUGCCUGCAUUUAACCAAAGUAUUCAACUUGUGUAAUAGAAGCUAUACAUACAACUAAAACCAGAUAUUUACAUACAUGGUACACAAAGACACACAACAUUAAAUCAGCCUGAAUAUUUCCUGUUUUUGGUCAGUUUGGAUUCUUCAAAUUAUUUAUAUUUGCUAAAAUCCCAAAUGAUGAGAAAGGAAAUGUUUUAUUACCUUCUUCAAAGUCACAGGUUUACAUACAUUGUGUUAGUAUUUGGUAGCAUUGUUUUUAGACUUUAUGAUUUGCUCAAACAUUUAGCGUUUCUGUCUACAAGCGUUUCACAAAAGUUUGCAUUCUUCCUGACAGAACUGGUGUAACUGAGUCAUGUUUGCAGGUUGUUGUUCUUACACACAACCUUUCAGUUCUGCUUGUUUUUAUGGGAUCAAGAUCAGAGCUUUGGCAUUUCAAAACAUUGACUUUGGURUCCUAAAGUCACUUUGUAAUUAAUUGGCAGUAUGUUUAGGAUCAUUGUCCAUUUGGAAGAUACAGUUGCACCAAAGCUUYAACUUCCUGCCUGAUGUUCUGAUAUAUUGCAUCACUUUUUUAUAUGAUGUUUUACUGCAGUAGCUCGGUGGUCAGUGCUGCGGUCUUGUAAUCUUCAAACUCAGGUUGCAACGAAGGGCAUCUGGAAUGAAACAAUUGACAAAUCUUUGAUGCAAGUCCAUUUGCCAUGGCAACCUCUGCAAAAGGGAUGGGAGACUGCGAUGAAGUGAUUCAAUGCAAUCUGCUGGAUUCCUUACAUUGAUUAUUUUUUUGUACAGUGCCCUGAGAUGACAUAAACUUGUUUUUUUUCUGAUGAUGUGAUCAUUUUUGUGAAGUGUGCUAGUUUGUGUUGCAUCACAUCCCCAUAACAUGAUGCUGCCUCCACCAUACUUCACAGUUUGGACGAUGCUAGCUUUCCUCCUUUUCCACUAAAUGCAGCGAUGGUCAUGAUGGACAAACAGUUCAAUUUUAGUUUCAUCAAACCACUGGUUUAGUCUGAUUCAAUGUCAGACAAUUAGAAAAACAUUAUUCUGUCUUUUUAUACAGUAUAUGUAAACAUCUGGUUUCAAUUGUGUUUGAACAAGAAGGGUUUUUUUUAUUUUUGCAGUUGCUGCGAAAUCUUGAUAACUUUUGUUUAAGAUAACAAACACACUCUCAGCAUGUUUAAUCAGUACAUAUAAAAACCUCACCGUUCCUCGAGCACGACGACCCGAUGUUGCCCUUCAGGGCUUCUUGAACACUUCACUGUUUUCUUCUUGGUUUCUUUAUGAUCGUUGUGUGAUGUAUAAAUUACUGAUUGUUGAUUUGUCUGUACAUAUGUGUGUUUGUUCUGUUUACACAGCUCUUAGGAGAUCUUAACACAUUUGGAAGGAGGCAAAACAGAAGUGCUCCAUGCUUUUCUUUUUGUUUGUGUAUCAUCCUGCCUGAGGUUCUUUUAAUGUUUGAUGAUUAAAACCUUAGGAAUCUAUCACACUUUUUGUGAAAUCAAAAGCAAGCACAAAUUAAAUGAAAUAGUCCAGAAACAUGGAACAGAACUUAACUAAAACCUGUGCAGUUAAAUAACAAGCACGUUAUCUUUAUUCUAGGUUUUGCCGAUAGAUGUAAACUCUCUUCAACUUUUUUCUGUUUUGUAAAAGCAAACACGUAUUAAACAGUUCAUACUGUUAACACUUGGA